UUUGCUCUGAAGUUAACAGGAUCCUAUUACCGUUUGCUUUUUGUUUUGAAUUAAAUUAGAGUACUACCUGUUUCGUCAGCGUAAAAUGCGAUCGCGUAACGUUCCUCGUUAAUUGCCGUAAGCGUAUAUAUUGUAAUGGUUUAACGAUUUUGCUUGUGUUAUAUUUUUAUUGAUUUUGUUUUUUCAAUGUAAUAAUUUUUGUAAGCGUUUUGUUUAAGCCAUUAUGAUAGCUGUGAGCACAAAAUGGAGACCGAUGUGUGUUUACAUUAUUUAUAAAUAAGUCUCCAUCUUGUUAACAAUUCAGUCACAAAAUAUUACGAUACCUUACUAAAACUUUCCUACGAUAUUUUGUGACGAGCAUCAUUGCGUAAAACCCUUGAAUAAUUUUCCACACAGUGGUUAAUAUCAUCGUAUUGUGUAACGAUUGUUUUUGUAAAUUAUUUCGUUGUAAUCGCUGUCUGCUGAAUAAUAUUUAUGAAAUGUUAAAACAUUGUGUGGAACAUUAAAGUCUUAAGAGGGAGUACUCUAAGCGUCAUUUUUAAUAUUAUCAUAAAUCUUACAGAACUAUAUCCUGUUUCCUUCAAUAUUAAUAGUUAUUUUAAUCCUUGCGCUUGUAGUGAUUUCUUAUUGUACAUUGAAGGAGGAUCAAAGGAGUAGCAAUUUACUUCAUUAGUGGUAUGACGUAGUGAGUUUAUUUAUUGUAAUUAUAUAAUAUUAUCAUCUGCAUUAUAUUUGUAAUACGCUUUAAAGACAGCGUGAGCUGACAAUGAUCCUCUUGAGUCAGUCACACACAUUUACAAUAUAAUAAAGUGUAAGACGAGAAUCGGCUGAACUAGUUUGACUCAAAAUCGACUAAUUCUGUUAUAUUUUCACAAGGUGUUGACUGGUAAGACAGUAGGUGUGAGCGGUGCUGUAUUCUGGGUUAUGGUUGGUACAUCAACUCGCUAUCCAGCCCGAUGACAUCGUACUAUGUGCUGCAGGCUUGUUACUUGAAGGCCAUCGAAACGAGGCCAGACUUUGCAGUGGCAUGGAGUAACCUAGGAUGCGUUUUUAACGCACAAAGUGAAAUCUGGUUGGCCAUACAUCAUUUUGAAAAGGCCGUGGCAUUGGAUCCGAAUUUCUUGGAUGCUUAUAUCAAUCUAGGAAAUGUUCUCAAAGAAGCGAGAAUUUUUGACAGGGCGGUGGCUGCAUAUUUACGAGCUCUUAAUUUAUCGCCUAACAAUGCAGUUGUUCAUGGUAAUUUAGCGUGCGUGUAUUAUGAACAAGGACUUAUUGAUUUAGCGAUCGACACUUAUCGGCGAGCUAUAGAACUUCAACCGAAUUUCCCAGAUGCCUACUGUAAUUUGGCUAAUGCAUUAAAGGAAAAGGGUCAAGUGGUUGAUGCGGAGGAAUGUUAUAAUACUGCUUUAAGGUUGUGCCCAUCACACGCUGAUUCAUUAAAUAACUUAGCGAACAUCAAACGCGAGCAAGGAUACAUAGAGGAAGCGACUCGUUUAUAUUUAAAAGCUUUGGAAGUAUUUCCCGAGUUUGCAGCAGCUCAUAGUAACUUGGCGUCAGUUUUGCAACAACAAGGCAAACUAAACGAAGCACUCAUGCAUUAUAAAGAGGCUAUACGUAUACAGCCAACGUUUGCUGAUGCUUAUAGUAAUAUGGGCAAUACUCUUAAAGAAAUGCAAGACGUCGCUGGAGCAUUGCAGUGUUAUACCCGAGCUAUACAAAUUAAUCCAGCGUUUGCCGAUGCUCAUAGCAAUCUUGCCAGUAUCCACAAAGAUUCGGGAAAUAUACCGGAAGCUAUACAGUCCUAUAGAACAGCGUUGAAGUUGAAACCGGACUUCCCUGACGCGUAUUGUAACUUGGCGCACUGUUUGCAAAUCGUUUGCGAUUGGACCGACUACGAGGCCCGUAUGAAGAAAUUAGUCAGUAUUGUGGCAGAACAGCUUGAAAAGAAUAGACUACCCUCGGUUCAUCCUCAUCAUUCUAUGCUUUACCCAUUGACGCAUGAAUUCAGAAAGGCUAUUGCGGCCCGACAUGCGAAUUUAUGUCUGGAGAAGGUUCAAGUUCUCCACAAGCCGGCUUACAAAUUUCCAAGAGAACUGCAAAGCCGCCUGCGUAUCGGUUAUGUAAGCAGUGAUUUUGGCAAUCACCCAACAUCACAUUUGAUGCAAUCUGUGCCCGGAUUACACGAUCGUACUAAGGUCGAGAUCUUUUGUUACGCUCUUAGUCCAGAUGAUGGUACAACAUUCCGUUCUAAAAUAGCUAGAGAAGCCGAGCACUUUAUUGAUCUAUCACAGAUUCCAUGCAACGGCAAAGCUGCCGAUAAAAUAUAUUCUGAUGGUAUUAAUAUUCUGGUAAACAUGAACGGAUACACAAAGGGUGCCAGGAAUGAAAUAUUUGCUCUACGUCCGGCUCCUGUGCAAGUAAUGUGGCUCGGAUAUCCAGGCACAAGUGGUGCAAGUUAUAUGGACUACUUAGUAACUGAUGCUGUAACAUCUCCAGUCGAAUUGGCAAGUCAGUACAGCGAGAAGCUCGCAUACAUGCCUCAUACAUAUUUCGUCGGCGACCACAAGCAGAUGUUCCCCCACUUACAGGAGAGAUUGAUAGUUAGUGACAAAAUCAAAUCCCAUAAUAACAUGGGCAGUCUAGCUGAUAAUGUCGCCGUCAUUAAUGCAACUGAUUUGUCUCCACUUGUCGAAAACACUGAUAUCAAAGAAAUUAAAGAAGUUGUAAGAGCAGCGAGGCCGGUUGAAAUAUCAUUGAAGGUCGCAGAGUUACCUACUACUACGCCUAUAGAAAACAUGAUUGCUUCGGGACAAGUACAGACAUCUGUAAAUGGUGUCAUCCUUCAAAACGGUCUGGCCACAACACAAACAAACAACAAAGCGGCUACAGGAGAGGAAGUGCCACAGUCUAUUGUAAUCACAACAAGACAACAGUACGGUCUACCGGAUGAUGCAGUGGUCUACUGUAAUUUCAAUCAACUGUAUAAGAUAGAUCCGCUAACUCUACACAUGUGGGUAUACAUAUUGAAACACGUCCCUAACAGCGUGUUGUGGCUUUUGAGAUUCCCGGCUGUCGGUGAACCUAAUUUACAAGCAACGGCGCAGCAGUUGGGAUUACCUCCCGGCCGUAUAAUCUUCUCAAACGUGGCUGCUAAAGAGGAGCACGUGAGGCGCGGUCAACUGGCGGACGUAUGUCUAGACACACCCUUAUGUAACGGUCACACUACUAGUAUGGAUAUUUUGUGGACAGGCACCCCCGUUGUUACAUUACCAGGAGAGACAUUAGCCUCACGGGUGGCUGCAUCACAACUCAAUACACUUGGUUGUCCUGAACUGAUUGCGAGAACGAGACAGGAAUAUCAAGACAUAGCUGUACGAUUAGGAACGGACAGGGAAUAUCUUAAAGCAAUCCGAGUGAAAGUAUGGACAGCUCGCACGGAGAGUCCACUAUUCGACUGCAAAGCAUACGCCACCGGUUUGGAGAUGUUGUACAACAAAAUGUGGUCGAGGUACGCUCGCAACGAGCGACCCGACCACAUACAGGCCAUAGACAAAUAGAUAGAGCGCGGGGAACACUCGGAUAUGACGUCAAAGAAACGACGGUGGUGCUAAGUGAUGUGCUCGGUGUUGUUUGUUGUGUGUGAACCAUACAGUACAGUGACGUCCCCGGUGUCCCGGCUACAUGGAUUUUUCUAGUCAUAGGAUGUCUCGAAUUUAAUUAUUCUGACAUGUUUAAUAGCAAUAUAUUUUCAAUUUACAUGGCCUUGACUGCACAAUUUGUAACAUUAGCAUUUGCUAUGUUCUUGUAAGAUUGUUUAGUAGGUAUAUUAUCCCUACUUGAAAUCUUACACAGUAUGACAUAAACGAAAUUAUUAGUGAGACUAUACAUUUAAAUUGAAUAUUAUACAAAAAUGUUGCUUUGCUAUGAUACUUCUAUACACAGCAGUAAUAAAGUGUAAGGUUAGUCUAUUAGUUUAGAAGGCUUACAAAACAGUUUCCAGUUAGAAUAUUAGGAUAUUAUGACAUAAACAUUUAUAUAGUUUAUGUAUAUGUCUAAGAACUUAUAUGUGUAAGACAUAAUGGAAUGUAAAAGAAUUGGAACUUAUUAAAAAAAUUUAUAGAUGCAGCCUCAAGUUUUGUUUUUAAUAUAAGUUUGUUGUAAAGAUUUAAUGAUACUACUUUAUUUUAGUUUCUGUAGACACAUAUUAUUCUUUAUGUAGUCUCAUCAUAAAUGCUAUACAAUUUCAUGCAUAUAUUUGUUUAACAUUAACGAAUAGUAUAGUCAAAGCUAGGAACUCCAUUGUAACAUUUACUACAAAAUGUUAUGUAAUUAGAUUUCAUGAUAUAAUGUGAUAUAAUUAGGUAAUAAUCAUAUUGUAUGUGAAACUACUUGUAUGGGAAUUGGAAUAGAAAGUUACAUUUACAAAGACAAUGGAUUUAAAACCAUUAUGAUAUAAGGGUUUCCGCAGCAUUAGUAAGAUGUUAAGAUUUUCUGUGAUCUGAAAUUACCUAUCUUUUUGCAAACUGUUAAGCAUUUUUUUUACAGUGAAUAUUAUUUACUUAUUAUUUUUAUUAGUGCUUUUGAGACCCUUUUGCCAGUGAGACUGAGUUUGUAACUUAGGUCACAUUAUAACUUAAUGAACUUGUUUCAACAUGAAGCGUUCAACAACAUUAGAUGUAUAAUAAAGAAAUUGUGAUUGUAGAAUAAUUCCCAUAAUAAUUUCAGCUCAUGUUACUAUGAAUUAUGUAUUGAUUAUAUUUAAUUUUUUUUUAAACUCGAUCUUUAACGGGCACAACCACAGACAAUAAUUUCCAAUUGUUUUAAUGUUUGGGUAUGCAUCAAUAUUGUAAUCAUUAUUACUCUAUUUGAAGUUAAGUGAAUUAGUUUCAUGUAAUAUGUAACAAAAGUAAUUCGAAAAAGUUUGCAUUGAUUAUAUAAAAUUAAUUUUUAAUCUGUUUUGAUUGUUUCAUUAUUAUAGUAAUAUUUAUUUAUAUUUAGUUUUAUGUUUUAAUAAAGACUAGAUGUAUGUAUGGUUUGUUAAGUUUAAUUCAUUUCAUUUCAGUAUUUUAUAAGUCAAAUAGCAUUAUGAAACUCGUUAUGAUAAUAAUCAUUUAAUUAUAAUGCAUCUAAUGAUAAAUAAGACAUACUUUACAAUAUCCUUAGAUUUUGACACCAGUGAAAUAGAUGUUCAUGUUGGUCGACUAUUAUUGUUCCUCUAUCUCUGACGAUUUUCAUUAUAUUUGAAAUUGUAAAUAUUGCCUUAAGUUUUAAUUCAAUAAGGUAAUUAUAGAAUAUGGUGAGAA